AUGAAAGAGCCCCGGCCCCAUACCAGAGAGCGUCCUGCCCCCUGGACACGAGCCCAUCUUCUGUCCCGAGGGCAGGGGGCUGGGCCCAUGGGGGCAAACUCAGCUCCCUUCCCUAGAGCAUCCGGACUCCUGGGCAUAAGUCCAGCUCCCAUCCCCAGAGGGGUUGGACUCCAAAACAUGAGCCAGGCUCUCCUCCCAAGGCCUGGUGGCCUCUUGGGUACAACUCCGGCUCCCAUGCCAGGUGGGGCCAUGACCUUGGGCCAGAACUGUGCUCCUGGUGUAAGGGGGACCAGACCUCAAGACACAAGUCAAGUUCCCUUCCCCAGGGCAGGUGGCCUCUUGAGCAUUAGCCCGACUCCCAUCCCAAGGGGCAUGGGAGCCCUGGGCCUGAACCCAACUAUCCUCCCAAGGGCAGGUGGCCUCCUGAGCACUAGCCCAGCUCCCACCUUGCUGGGAACUGGUGCCAUGGGCCCAAGCCCAGCUACCCUACCAAGGGCAGGUGGCCUCCUGGGCCCAAGCCCAGUUCACACCCCAAGGGCAGGUGGCCUCCUGGGCACUAGCCCAACUUCCACCCCCAGGGGCAUGGGUGCAAUGGGCCAGAAUCCAGCUACUCUUCCAAGAGCAGGUGGGCUCCUGGGCUCCAGCCCAGCUCCCAUCCCUAAAGCAGGUGGCCUCCUAGGCACUAGUCCGGCUUCCAUCCAAAGGGGCACUGGAGCCCUGGGCCCCAGAGCAGGUCCUGUCCCGAUGGCGCCCGGCGCCCUGGGCCCCAGAGCAGGUCCUGUCCCGAUGGCGCCCGGCGCCCUGGGCCCCAGAGCAGGUCCUGUCCCGAUGGCGCCCGGCGCCCUGGGCCCCAGAGCAGGUCCUGUCCCGAUGGCGCCCGGCGCCCUGGGCCCCAGAGCAGGUCCUGUCCCGAUGGCGCCCGGCGCCCUGGGCCCCAGAGCAGGUCCUGUCCCGAUGGCGCCCGGCGCCCUGGGCCCCAGAGCAGGUCCUGUCCCGAUGGCGCCCGGCGCCCUGGGCCCCAGAGCAGGUCCCAUUCCUACAGCAGGUGGCCUCCUGGGCCCUAGCCCAGCUCUUGGCCCAAUGGUGACCAGAGCCCUGGGCCCUAGCCUAGGUCCCAUCACAAGGGCAGGUGGCCUCCUUGGUACUAGUCCAGCUCCCAUCCCACUGGGCACUGGAGCCCUGGGCCCGAAUCCAGCUCCCAUCCCAGUGGAAACGGGAGGUCUGGGCCGAAGUCCAGCUCCCAUCGUGAGGGCAGGUGGCCUCCUAGGCCCGAGCCCAGCUCCCAUGCUGAGGGGGACUGGAGCCCUGGGCCCGAGCCCGGCUCCCAUGCUGAGGUCAGCUGGCCUCUUCGCCACUCGACCAGCUGACACCCUACCUAUGAAUCCAUUCUCCUUUCCAAGGGAGGGAGGCCCCUCAAGUGCAACCCCAGCUACCAUCACAGGAGUUGGCUUACCCUUGACCAUGAACCUGGCUUCCAGCCCAAGGGCUGGUUGCCUCCUAGGCAUGAACCCAGCUCCAGUUCCAAGAACAACUAGCUCCCUGGGCAUGAACACAGCUCGCAUCACACGGGGGCCUGCCAUGCUGGACACUAGACCUACUGGUCCCCUAGGUCGGUCUCCCUUCCCCAGGACAGCUGGUCCCCAAAGUGUAAACCUGACUCCCUUCCCCAGGGUGGGUGAGCCCCAGAGCAUGAACCCAGUCCCCUUCUCCAAAGCAGCUGGCUCCCAGGGGCCAAACUCAACUCCCUGCCCCAGGCCAGCUGGACCCCUAGGGCCAAACCCAGUUCCCUGCCCUAGGCCAGCUAUCCUCUUUCCUAAUGGGAUAUUGCCAUCUCCCAUUAACAACACAGCCAGGCUGCGGUGGUGCUGAUUCUCUCCUGCCCCGGGGUCUGUGAGAGAUGAUCAAGAGUGCAGACAUACUCCUGACAUCUGCCUUGCCAACAACCUGGGACCUAGCACAGUCUCAGCUUUUCCCAGAGCCUUGCUCGGUUCUGGACUCCAGGGGGCCAUAGGCCAGCAGCCCCUCGUCCUCCUAGACGUGGUGGAGCACUGUGUGUUUGUGACCUACUCCUCAGGGAAUGCAGAUCUCAGGCCCAGCAACUCCAGCACUGGCCCCUUGCCUGCACAGCGGGGAGUCCAGAAGCCCGCACCUCCUCUGUCUGGCAGUAGUGCUCAGAACUGGAUCAGUGAGCCAGAGUAGCCCGUUCUGAAGCAGCCCCUUGGCGUAACCCCAGCCACGCAGCUGCUGGUGGACACAGCAGGUGGCAUCACCUUUCUUGCUCAGCCAGAAGCCAACUGACUUUUCGUUCUGGUUUUGUGUUCCUUCUUGCUGCCCCUUGAAUAAAAGUGACAGGAGGGUCA